AUGGGCCUCAUAUCUGACUGUGUCAUUUAUUCCCUUCCUCCCCGACCGGUUUUGCGAUCAGUAAUCGAUACAUAUUUCAUCCAUGUCCAUAACCAACCGUAUUCCUACUUCCAAGAAUCCUCAUUUCGACAGAGAUUGGAAAGCAACCUUCUGCCUCGGUGUUUGGUGUUGGCCGUCCUAGCAUCGGCAGUCAAGUUCUCUACCCACGAGUAUUAUGCAGGCAGGGCUCGUGAAGCGACAGAAAAGUAUGCGCGGGAGUCAUGGAUGUCUGUGCUGACAGACUACAUGGCAGCAGAAGAGAACAUGAACAUCCAUGUCGUCCAAACAGUCAAUUUGCUGGCCGUGGUUGACUAUACAGGUGCGGUCACAGCCUAUUUGAAAAUACCGACGGCCCUUGCUAACGCUCCAGCAGCUGGUCGAGUAAGCGCUGGAUGGCUGAAGAUCGGCCUCGCGGCGCGAAUAUCCCAGGACCUGCACCUCAUGAAGGAACCCGAUGCGUGGCUGUCAUAUGCAGAGCAGGAGGAAAGAAGGCGGUCAUUCUGGUCCGCAUACCUCGUGGAUAAGCUUAUAUCCUGUGGAAAGUCACGGCCACUCGCCAUCCUCGACGAGGACUGCCAUCUUCAACUACCAUGUGACGAAGACACGUUCCAGAAAGGGGAGUGGAAGAAGACACAGACGCUCGGAGAGCUUCUCAGCUGGAAUACGCAGAUGGUGGAACGCCCUAGCCCCUUCGCCUUGGCCAUCCUGAUGGCUUCCAUCUUCGGGCGAUGUACACGAUACGUCCACCAAAGAUGUCGCGCAGAUGAAAUCCCUCCAUGGGAUACAACAUCCGAAUUCUCGGCAAUUUCGUCUUCCUUGUUGUUGCUAGAAUCUUAUUCCACCCUCGGAAGUCGCCCCAUAUCCGAGGUCAUUCAAAACGGCGAACAGGGUCCGCAGGAAAUCGGCUAUUUGGUAUUUGCACAUACGCUUUUUCAUUUGUGCCAUUGUCUCCUGAACCAUCCAUUUCUGGUCCGAUUGGGACUGAAGCCUUUUGGAUCCAAGACACCCACAAGCUUCCCCGUCAGGGCCCUCCGAGCCAGUUGGGAUCAUGCUAAGCAACUAUUGGACCUCAUCCAUGACGCCAGGGAGGCCGGAUGUCUGGUGGAGUCGUCAUUCUACGCAUAUUGCAUUGCAGUGGCCGGUGGAAUACACUCGCUGGGAGCAUCGCUGCUAGUAUCGCCCGGUAGCCCUGGUUCAGAGACGCGCACCCAGGACUCGGCGUAUUACUUCCAGCAGACUCUGGACUGGCUGGAUAGACUAGGUCUCUUUUGGGUUCAUGCUGGAAAUAUGGUACCGCCCCUCCGGUUGAUGAUGGUCAUGUCGUAUUUAGGUUAA